AUCUUGGCUGUGAGCUCUGGUCUCUAGGAUGCUUACUUCCGCGUCCUGAGGUGUCGCCUGGAGGCGGCCUCCAAGAAGCCUGAGGGGACAGCCCUGAGGCUGCCCCCGCCCCGCCCCCCGCGCCCUCCCCGGCGCAGGCCCCGCCCCGCAGCAGGCCCCCUGCCAGAAAUCUCGCCCUUUCAUGUGUUCACCCUGAGAGUACUGAGCUCCAACCAGAUACUAAGCGCCAGAUGCUUGGGUUAAAGCGGUGAACUUGGUAGACCAGAUAAUUAAGACGCAAGUUACAAUCUAGUGUGGAAAGUGCCGGUGGGGGAGGGGAAGAUAAGGGCACCCGUCCUAGCUUGGGAGGGUCAAGGAAGGUCUCACAGAGGAACACACCUUUCACUCUAGCAGGAAGAAAGGAAAUCGGAGGCAGUGGUUUUUGAUGAUGAAAAGUUCCUAUUGGAUGGCUCCUGGUUCCUCUGAAAAGUAGAGGUCUGCCAUAUCUGCUAGGGGCCAGGAGAAAGAGAAGUUGAGGAAAGUAAAGAAGGUUUGAAUUUAUUUUGAGUAGGAUGGGAGAGUUUACUAAGGAAUAAAUGAUGUAACUAACCACUGGACCACCAGGGAAUUCCCAGGAAGCCUUGCCUGUUUUGAUCACCCAUGUAUCCCAAACACUUAGAAAAGUGCCUAGUGCAUAGCAGGCACUUAAUAAAUGGAAUGCAUAAAUAAAUGUAUUUCAGGUGAUGAUGGAGUUGCCCAUUAGUUGUAGACCGUAAGUUUAUGGUGGCCACCAACUUACCUAUAAGUGUGAUUUUAUCCAAUAAUGCUGACCUCUGCCUUCCUAGAGGGCAGUUCUGGCAGAGGCAGAGUUGGGAUUUUGCCAGGUGGAAAUGAUGAAAGGAGAAUGAAUUGAUAGAUGUUGAUUAGGUGAUGAACCAUGAAGUCUAUCUUGGAGAGGGAGGAAAUAAAGGCAAGAGGGAAAAAAGUGGAAAGAGCAAUGGGCUAGACUCCUGACAAGGUUGAAGAGUUGGCAUUUUAGGACAAGUCUGGAGGUUGAAAUCAGAGGGUGAUGCAAGACAGAAGGCAGAGUGGUUCCUGAUGAUGAUGCUUCAGAUAUGGCCAUAGCUGGAUUGAAGCAGAGGUAAAGGACUCUGAGAUGAAAAGGUCUAGGAAUUGAGAGUCUAGGUCAUUUAAUAGGUUAUCCACACAGAUGUUCGGGUUUCCCAUAGAUUUCCCUCCUUCAAGAUCUCUGGCCUAGGCCCCACCCAGCCCCUUCACCAACCUUCAUAGGAUCUGAGGCUUAAGUUAAAAUUCACAUUUUAACUUAAGCCUCAGAUCCCAAAAGAUCUGGCAUGGCUCUGGGCCCAGAAAACAGAAUGGGCUAGUUAGAGCUAUAAUGGACAUCUCUAUUAUUUUGUUUUGAUACCAGCAUGCAUACACCUUUCUGGAAACAGGAUGUCUAUGUUUUCUGGAGUAACAACCAGACCCCCACUUCUUCGGUCUCAGGCCAUGUGCAGAUAGUGUUCUUCCCUCCAUAUCCUUACUCCAAGGAUGUGUAUGUGACUCAGACCUGCCAGAAGAAGCAUCCUAUUCCCCUGUGUACAGUUCAGUGAGUAGUUCAAUGAUGUAUGCAUGACCAGCUGGAACCCAUAAGCACAAUAUUGUCAUAGCAACACCACAUUUUCAGCUUCACUUGAACUUGCUACCACACAAUACCUAAAAAUAAAGUCAGCACAGAAGACAGAGUCAGGGACUUCCUUGGUGGUCCAGUGGCUAAGACUAUGCGCUCCCAGGGACUUCCCUGAUGGUGCAGUGGUUAAGAAUCUGCCUGCCAAUGCAGGGGACACAGGUUCGAGCCCUGGUCCAGGAAGAUCCCACAUGCCGCAGAGCAACUAAGCCCAUGCGCCACAACGACUGAGCCCACAUGCCACAACUACUGAGGCCCACGUGCCUAGAGCCCAUGCUACACAGCAAGAGAAGCCACCGCAAUGAGAAGCCCACGCACCGCAACGAAGAGUACCCCCCGCUCGCCACAACUAGAGAAAACCCGCGCGCAGCAACAAAGACCCAACGCAGCCAAAAAUUAAUUAAUUAAUUAAUUUUUUAAAGAAAGAUAUUACUUUAAAAAAAAAAAAAAAAAGACUCUGCGCUCCCAAGGCAGGGGGCCCAGAUUCGAUCCCUGGUCAGGGAACUAGAUCCCACACGCAUGCCCCAACUAAGAGUUCGCAUGCCGCAAAGAAAGAUUCCGCAUGCUGCAACGAAGAUCCCGUGUGCUAAGACCUGCCACAGCCUAAGUAAAUAGAUAAAUAAAUUAAUAUUUAAAAAUAAAUAAUCUUUAAAAAAAAAAGAAAAAAAAAGAAAUGAAAACUGAAUCCCAAUGACAUCAAAUUGAAUCCCUGCAUCAAUCCAAUUGCCUGAAGCCAACUCUACCCCUGGAUUGUUCAGAUAUGAGUCAAUACAUUCCCAUUUGUUUAUACCAGAUUUUAAUUUGGAUUAAAUUGGAUUUUAAUUUCUUUUUUUAAAAAUAUUUAUUUAUUUAUUUAUUUUGGCUGCACCGGGUCUUAGUUGUGGCACACAGGAUCUUUAGUUGCAGCAUGCAGGAUCUUUUUAGUUGUGGCAUGCGAACUCUUAGUUGCGGCAUGCAUGCAAGAUCUAGCUCCCCAUAAGGGAUCGAAUCUGGGCCCCCUGCAUUGGGAGCAUGGAGUCUUACCAACUGGACCACCAGGGAAGUCCCUGGAUUUUAAUUUCUGUCACAUACAAAUGAUUCCUCACAAUACAAGGGGUUCUCAAUCCCUAACUCUGCCUGCUGGGAUAUCUACAUAUCUAUUGAUAUAUAGAUAUAAUAAAAAUGAUAAUAGUUAACAUAUGUUAAUUUCUUUGUGUCUCAGUUUCCCCUAUGUGAAAGAAUAUAACAAUACCUACUUCAAAGAGUUGUAAAGAUUCAAUGAGAUAAUAAAUGUUAGAGUAUAAGUUUGUUCCACCACACUGAAACCCAAGAAACAUCACAUUACUUAAUUUUUCUAAAUUAAAUGAAACCUGGUUCGAAACUCUCAUUUACCAGGGUUGGAAGACAUCUAAUAUUAAUCAUGAUUUGGGUUGGGGAAGGAGGCUUUUCCCCUCUUUUUUUUUUUUUUUUUUUUUUUUUUUUGUGGUAUGCGGGCCUCCCUCUGCUGUGGCCUCUCCCGUUGCGGAGCACAGGCUCCGGACGCGCAGGCCCAGCGGCCAUGGCUCACGGGCCCAGCCGCUCCGCGGCAUGUGGGACCUUCCCAGACCGGGGCGCGAACCCGGUUCCCCUGCAUCGGCAGGCGGACGCGCAACCACUGCGCCACCAGGGAAUCCCUUCCCCUCUUUAAUGUGAUAUACAUUGACCAAAAAAAAAAAACCACUUAGGAAAGAAACUUGGGUCUUGAUCCUGUCAUGGUUGCCACUGGGAUGUGCAUUAUCUAAACUCAUACCGUCCAUUCAAAGGCAAAUGGCUCCACAGCAUCUCUACCAAGUAUAUAUAUCAGCAUCUUUUGGUGCAGUUCCCAAGACUAUGUACUAGAUGUUUAGUGCCCUAACUAUUAAAUCAGCUCUCCCCAUCAGAAGUCCUGCUGCCUCCUAAUUGACUUCUGUCACUUAGGGAGCCUAUUGCAACAUCUCUUUUCUCAAGUCCCUGAACCCACUGCUAUCCUUGGGCAACUCCUCUUCUUUCCACCCAGGAUCUCCUCCAUCUUCUCCUUCUGAACAGCACCCAGCUAAAUUAAAUUCUCCUCCCACACAAGAGCCUGGAUAAGGUUGUAGAACAGGUGUAUUGCAACUUUAGUUUGGAACUAGAAAACUCAAAAUCCAUUAACUAUUCCAUGAGACAGGAAACCUAGAAUUCCUGGAAGAGAGGAGAGCAAAGUUACCUUUUUAUCCUACUGAGUGUCUCUUUUGGCAAUGAGUAGCAGAGAGCAACUUGGUAGAUUAUCCUGCCAUAAGUGUAAAUUAGCUAGCACAGAAUUCAGGAUUGCCUUCUCUAUUUCCUAUCAGAACUCAACUUACUUUAUUCAUCCAGAGGUAGGAAACUCAGAUACCAGGCAGGUAAUGCAAAUGACUAAAAAUAGACAAGUGUAAGAAAACAACAAAAUCAUAGGCACAAUAAUAAAGAGCAACUAGCCCUUAGCCUCGGCUUUAACAAAGAGAACAUGGUGAACUGGAAAGCACACGGCCACUAAGGGAGCACCUGCUACUUAGCUCUAAAUGGUCUUUACUGGGUUUCCCUGGUAGCGUAGUGUUUAAGAAUCCACCUGCCAAUGCAGGGGACACAGCUUCGAUCCCUGGUCUGGGAAGAUCCCACAUGCUGCGGAGCAACUAAGCCCAUGUACCACAACUACUGAGCCUGCGCCUAGGGCCCAUGCUCUGCAACAAGAGAAGCCACAGCAAUGAGAAGCCUGCGCACUGCAACGAAGAGUAGCCCCCACUCGCUGCAACUAGAGAAAGCCCACACACAGCAACGAAGACCCAACGUGGCCAAAAAUAAAUAAAUUAAAUAAAUAAAUUUAUUAAUAAAUAAAUAAAUGGUCUUUACUUUGUGGGAAUGACAGCCCUAUGUUGCCAGAUUUUAAGCCAAAAAUAUUAUUAUGUACAAUCUACUAAUCUUAUAAUGUUGACCAUUCAAGUUUAAAAAACAAAACAAAAAACUGCUGGCCACAUUGUCUGGGCCAAAUGUUAUAUAUCAGUAUGUACCUUUAAGCCGUUUUAUGGUUCAGCUGCUACAUAUAUACUGGUAGCUGUCAAAUUUAUAUCUCCCCCACAGACUACCUUCCCAAGCUUCAGAUACAUGUAUCUAUCUGCCUCCUGCCUGACAUUUCCUUGUCACAGGAACCUCAAAUGCAAAUGUCUAAAAUGAAACACAUUGUCCCCUCACCCUAAAUUGGUUACCAGGUUUGUGUUACUUACCUCAGUAAAAUGUCACUAACAUACACACCCAGUUCCCCAAGUCAGAAUCCCUAGAGUUAUUCUCAGCUCCCUCCCUACUCCACCCUAUCCCACUGGUAACUAAGUCUAAUCAAUUAUAACUUUAGAAUUCUACUUGAACCUGUUAUUCUCCAUUCCCACCAUCACUGCCUUGGUUCAGGCCUCAUCUUUCAUUUUGCCUAAACUAAAGCAAAGUUUCCCUAACCAAUCUCUUGCCUCCAAUCUCUUUGCCCUCAAUAUAGCCAGAGUGUUCUUUCCAAGACACAAACUUGAUCUUGCCUCUUCCCUGCUCAAAAAUUUUCAAUUAUUUCCCAUCACCUUCAGGAUAAAUUUCCAACUUCUUAGUCUGGUAUUCAGGGCCCUUUGUGAUCUUGUCUAUCCUACUGCUUCCCCAACCCCCAACUAAUACUACAGCUGCACUGAAACACCUUCAAUUUCCCUAAUGGGACAUGCUUUCUCUGACCCACCACCUUUACACAGGCUGUUUCUACUGCUUGGAUUGUCCUCUCUUCCCUACACUCUCAUUUUCUUGAUUCCUCAAACCAAGCACUGGUCAUCUCUUCUGGGAAGCACUCCCUGACAAGCAACCCCCUUCCCCAAGGUGGUUAGAUGUCCUCCACCCCCCUUAAUACCCUGUACUUAUCUCUAUUUUAAUUGUCUAUUAUUUGACUGUUUCCCUCACUGAAAUGGGACCUACUUUAGCACAGAGACCCUGUCUUACUUCUGCCUCCUCAAGACUGAGCGCAAUACCUGAUCCAUAGUAAUCACUUAAUAAAUAUUCUCUGAAUGACUUAAUGAAUAAAUCUAGUCCAAAUCAUGGUGCCAAUGGAGAAAACUUUCUUGCCCAAGAUUACAUGGCCAAACAGUGACAGAGCUAGAAAAUCCAAGUCUCCUCAACUUCAGCUCAGCGCUCUUUCUACCAGACUAAGCUGGCAGUUGAUGGGGGAUAGGGUGAGAAGAGAGGCAGUGAAUUGUACUGCAAAGGCAGAUAUUGAAGUUUGACCCUAAAAAGAGGAGUUGACAUGAAACAGAGUGGUGGUUUUAGGGAAAAGAGGGGCAAAUUAAAAAAAAAGGGUCAAGCACGUUUGAUUUGUCAUCCUUAAUAUGAAUAUUUGUGAAAAAGGUCUUGGGCAACCUAAAGACAUGAGAUGUAAAAGAGGAAACAGACUCCAUCUAUUAAAGAUGGAAUGAGGCAUACAAUCAGGAGCCUUAAAAGUGAUGGAAGAAAUUUUUGUAUACUGAGAUGUAGGGAAGUCAUUCUGGCUUAUAUAUGAUUUGACUUGAACUUUAUACUAACUACAAGCCUGUCUUGUGGUCUAUCAAACAUACAUUGCACAUCUGCUUUAACCAUUAAAGAAAAGGGUGCAUUGUCCAGAAGCAAAGAAUAUCUGUUAUGAAAUUAGAGAUAAAUGCCUUACUUCCUGGGAUGUCAAUGCUAGUACUCCUUUGACGAUAAGGCUCCCUUCCCAGGCACCAAGGUCAUACUGACUUGCUGUGUACAAGCUAAUCUGUCUUUUUUGAAACGUUGAAGGAAUGUACCCCUGUCAUGUUUGAUGUCCUUUGUUCUGACAAGAUAUAAAGCUGGGCUGGAAACCAGGCUUCUUGGGAGCAGUUCCUCAGAGCUAUCUGAGAGGCUGUCUCCUGGGCUACAGUCUUCAGUGGGCUCAAAUAAAACUCUCCUCUAUUCUAUUCUUGUUAUAGAUUGGUUAUUGAUCAUUUAUGGCAACAAAAGAAAUAAUAUUUUAACAUAGCAUAUAUUAUGUACUACUCUAAGCAUAUAAAUGUUUUCAUUUAACCCUCAAAACAACCCUAUGUGGUAAGUAAUAAUAUUAUCCCCAUUUUACAGAUGAGAUAACUGAGGCACUGAAAGAUAAAGUAGUUUGAGAUUUCACAGGUAGGAAGUGGCAGAGCUAGGAUUUGAAUAAGGUAGUUUGAUGCUAGAAUCCAUGUCCUCAACCACAAUGCCUGAAGAUAAUUCUGACCUUGGUAAUCAAGACAAAAGGGGAGGGCUUCCCUGGUGGCGCAGUGGUUGAGAAUCUGCCUGCCAAUGCAGGGGACAUGGGUUCGAGCCCUGGUCUGGGAAGAGCCCACAUGCUGCGGAGCAACUGAGCCCGUGAGCCACAGCUACUGAGCCUGCGCGUCUGGAGCCUGUGCUCCGCAACAAGAGAGGCCGCGAUAGUGAGAGGCCCGUGCACCGCGAUGAAGAGUGGCCCCCACUUGCCGCAACUAGAGAAAGCCCUUGCGCAGAGACGAAGACCUAACACAGCCAAAAAUAAAAUUAAAUAAAUAAAUAAAUUUAAAGAGUUUUAAAAUAGAUUAAAAAAAAAAGACAAAAGGGGAUCACUAAGCUUUCACUGAAUAAAGUAUGAGUUGUCUGGUGGGCGCAAUUUUGGGGCCCUAAAUUCACAGAGACUGCUGUUAGGUAUGUGGGGGAUGGGAGUUCUUUGUUCUGUGAUGCAGUGAUGACCUCAGGGUAAACUGCCACUAGGCUGAGGAAAAUGGAAUGGCUGCCAGAGGGCCUGCUUGGGGCUGAGGGGAACACAGGGCUUCUCUGGGGCCAGUUGACCCAUGCCCUGGCCUGCAGACACUGUGGCAGCAACUGCCUUCUGAGUCCAGGGAACCUGGUAAUACUAUUCUUGUUCGUGGUUUGGCAGAUCCAGAGGUGGUGGCAGCUUGGGAGACGGCGACAGCUUCAGCCCUGGUACUCUGGGGACAAGAUGCAAGGCAAGGGCCUACCACUUCUGUACCGCGUGGCUUUCCUUGAUCGCCUGUGGAAGCAGAAGUCAGGGGAGGAAGAAGAGGAGGAGGAGGAAGAGGAGGUAUCUCUGGAUCCACUGAAGCCAUGUUCUCUUCCCAAAGAAGCUCCUAUUGGAGAACAAGCCACCACAGCCCCAUCCCAGCCAUCCUGUGAUUCUGAGGGCCUCCACAAGGCCACAGGGACACUAGAGCAAGUACUCACGCAGACCCCAAACCCUUCCAGAUCCUUCCCCACCUUUCAGAUCUUGACCAACCUGCCUGUGAGGCACAAGACAGAAUCAGGGAGCCACCUACAGCAGAGAAAAAGCCAGCUCUUCUGGGGUCUUCCCUCUCUGCACAGUGAGUCUUUGGAGGCCAUCUUCCUGAGCUCAGGUGGCCUCUCUCCCCUGAAGUUGUCUGUCAGUCCUUCUGUCUUCUUUAACAAGUUUGCCUUUCUGCCUAGAACCCCAGUAUUGCUGCUUCCCCAGUAUUGCUCCCCAACCCCACUUCCUACACAUGAAGUCCAUACUACAGAAGAUCUGGAAGGAAUAGCCUCUGACCCUCAGCAACUUUCCUCCCCAUCUUCCCCUCCUGUCCCAUCACUUCCCCUCCAUCUUAAAUCCUUUCCCAUGGACCAUAAGAGAGUCCUAUCUGGCACUGAGGCAAAUACACAGUGGCUUACACAGCAGAGAGAGGUCCCUUGGGUCUCUGAGGAUCAAGCCCUGCACCCACAGCCUAACCUCCAAAGAACCAGGUCCUCCAAACUCUUCCAUUCAUCUGAGGUCUGGUGGAAGGUGCCAUGGGAUCCUGGCCUCCAACAACACAUUCCAGACUCACUCUGUGCCUCCCUAGCAGAAAAUCCCGCUAGCCUUCCGGGAGCCCUAACUAGGUCUGAGGCCCCAUGGAGGACCAUGGGGCAAAAUGAGGACCCCAAAACCCCUGAGCCAGCAGCGCCAGCUCCCAGCCUAACCCCAGCUUCUCUGCCAGAAUGCCAGGGAGUCAGCCCUAUAGGAGGCCUCUCUGGACCUGAGGCCCUCUGGGAAACCACAAGGCAAAGAGAGAAUCCUCAGAUCUCUGAGUCUCCGACCUCAGUCCCUUGCCAAUCUGUAGCCCCCGUGACAGAGCCUCAAGGAACCAGUACCCUGGAAGUUCCACCUGUAUAUGAGACUCAGUGGGGAACCACAGGACAUAAAGAGAGUACUCAAGCCUUUCAGCCCCCAACGCCAGCCCCCUGCCCUCCCCCACAUCCCCUGCCAGAACUCCAGGGAGGCAGUCCCCUGGGAAAUCCAUCUGGAUAUGAGCCCCAGUGGAGAUGCAGAGAAAAUUCAACAAACCUUUGGGCCUUUGAGCCCCCAGCCUUGGACGUCGACCCAGGACUCCAUGGAACCAUGCCUGCAUGUGUCCCAUCAGGAUCUGAGACUCCGUGGAAGGGCACGCAGAGUAGAGAAAAUCUUUGGGUCUCUGCAGACCCAGUUUCAUCUCCCAGCCUUCCCUCAGCCUCUCUGCUGGAGUCCCUGGGAACGUGUGCCCAGGCAGUCUUGUCUGAGUCCAAAGCUUUGUGGGAGGCCAUGAGGCAGACAGACAACCUCUGGACCUCAGAAUCUCCAGGCCCUGGCCACAGCCCAUCUCUAGCUCCUAUUCUAGAACCUCACAGAAUCAAUCCUGUGGGAGGGCUCACUGGGUCAGAAACUGCAUGGAAGGACACUGAUCAUUCCCGGAAUUCCUGGGCUUUUGAAUCACCAUCUCUGGCCUUCAGCCCACCCGCAGUUCUUGUACUGGAUUCCCUCAGAGCUAGCCCUACGGGGGUCCUGUUUGAUUCUGAAGCUACAUGUGGGGACAUAGAAAGGAGAAAGAACUCCUGGGCCUCUGAACUCCCGGCUUGCAGCUUACCCCAAGACCCACGUGGAGCCAACCCCUUGGGAGUCCAGUCUGACUCUGAGCCUACUGGGGGGGACAUGGAGCAGAAAGAAACCUGUUGUGUUCCUGUGUCCCCAUUGUGGGGUCCCAGCCCAUGCCCAAACUCUAUGUCAAAGUCUCACACAAGUGAGCCUAUUGGAGACCAAUGCAAUUGUAAACCUGAGGGGGAAACAGUGGAGCAGAGAGAGAACUGCUGGACCAUUGAACUCCCAGCCCCAACCCCCAGGUCACUCUCUGCUCCUCUACCAGAUCCACACAUUGACCUUGAGUUUGUGUGGAGGAAUGUGCAACAAAGAGGGAUCCCCCAGGACUCCAGCCUUCCAGCAGUGGAUACCCUCCAGCCAAUACCCUGGCCUCCCACCCAAGCUGAAGCUCUGAAGAUUAAGUCCAACCAGCCUGGCCUACCCAAGGAAGAGCUGUUCCCAGGGGCUAAGGCAGAGACUCCAUCCUCCCAGGGUGAGGCUAUCCCAAAGGUGCCCACCCACUCUGAGAUCCAGGCCUGGCACUGGAGUAAAGAGUUGGAACUCAGGCUGAAGAAACUAAAGCAGAGCCCUGCUUCCAGAUCUCUUGGCCCAAGUCAAUCAUUUGGCAGCUCCCCUGCCCUGAGCUCCACAACUCAAGCCACCCGGAGACUCUCUUCUUGCCCACCACAGCAGAUUCAUCCCCUCAGUCUAUGCCCCAACUCUUCAAGCUGUCAUCCCCCCAAACCUCAGAGCACAGUAACUCAGCCUGUCCAGGUCCCCCAUUGUUAUCACUCCCACUCCUCUAUCCAACCUCAGCUAUGGAAGUCUGGAAGGGCAGAACAAGGGUCUCAGAAAGAGCAAAGAAUGAAUGCAAAGAUGGUGUCCCAGAUCUCAUCCCAGGGGUCAUGUGUUCACUGCCCAGGCCUGGAAGAGCCCUCAUACCCUGAGGUUCCAGCCUCAGGCAAGAGACAGGACAAGGCUUCAGCCCUAUCUUCAGCCAAAAUGAGAGAGAGCCCCAGGAAACCCAAAGAAGGAGACCACGGAGAAGGGGAUGCAAAAUUGGGGUCAAUAACAACAGGGAAAAGCCACCUAGCCCAGGCCAAAGUAGCAGAGGUCCCUGUAAGCAGACUUUCGCAAAGAUCUCAGCACAGGGACCAGAGCUCUCGACACACUGCUCUCUCCCCGCAGCCUCACUCCAAGGCUUCAGGUUCCCAAGAUCAGAGAGGGGCAAGGCUGGGAACUGGUGACAUCCUGGCCCCUUGGCACUGUAAGCACUGCCCUUGGGCCCAGAAGUGUCUUUCUUCCCCCACACCUCAGGCUCCCCUUACCAGGGGUCUCCAAAGGAUGUUAGCCAAAUUUCUGGGUACCCAUGGACCCCUGCCCACCAAAUCCAGUCAGCAGAGAAAAGGCUGGUAGUACUGGCACCCAAUAUAAGUACUCCAAGACCUGAAGCCAAACCAGUUGGGGGGUGGAGACACAAAGGAAAUCCUAAUAAACUAGCUGAACUAGACAUCCCACUCAUGUCUUUUUUGGAGUCUGGUGUACUGGGAAUGACGGUUCCCUGCUCUGCUGCAGCUGUAUCUCCUCAGGAUCAGGUCCCAGAAGUAGAGAGCUCAGGAUUCUAUAGGCUUAACUUUCAUUUCAGGCUGUUCACAGAUGAUCAACCUGGAGUCUACAACCUGGAGUCCUCUACAGGGUGAAGCUGUUAAGGCCAGGGGAGCACAGACCAAUGCUGCCCUUGAAAAAAAACUUCACAGCAAGUCAACAGAAGAAAAAUAUAUCCAUUCACACGAGCACAACUGGUCUGGGUCUAGGCAGCUGCUCUUGGUCCUGGGUAUGGUCCCCUUCUUCACACACUUGAUACACAAGUUCCCCACGUAUGUUUCUAGCCAAUUCUUGUCAGCCCUCUGCUCUUUUCUCUCUCUAGUUUAGCUCAUGCAUCCCCAAGGCCACAAAAACAAGUCCCUUUUCAUAUGUUUAGCGAUCGCUGGAUUUCUUCUAUAAUUGCCUGUUCAUAUAGUAUACCCAUUUUUCUACUGCACUGUUUGCUGGGUAUUUUAUUACUUUUCUACUGCUGCCAUAACAAAUUAUCACAAAACAACAUAAAUUAAUUUUAUUAGAAGUCUGAUAUAUGUCUCACAGGGCUAAAAUCAAGAGGUUGGCAGGGCCGCACUGGGUAGGAUUCAUUCCUGGUCUUUCCCAGCUUCUAGAAGCUGCCCACAUUCCUUGGCUAUUAGCCCUCCUCCUCCAUCUUCAAAGCUAGCAAAGGCAAGUCACGUUCUUCUCAUAUCACAUCACUUUUUCCUCCCUCUCCCACUUUUCCGGACACUUUUAAUUACAUUGGACCCACCUCAAUAAUCCAAGAUACUCUUCCUAUCUUAAAGUAAGUUGGCUAGCAACCUUAAUUCCAUCCGCAACUUUAAUUCCCUUUUGCCAUGUAGCACAAUAUAUUCACAGGUGCCAAGGAUUAGUAUGUGGGCAUUGGUGGGGGAGUUUGGGAAUGGCAUUAUCCUGUCUGUCACAGAUAUCAACUCAACCUGUUACAUAUGCUGCAAAUAAUUUCUCCCAAUCUGUAGCUUAUUUUCUAAUUUUAAAGCGAUUUUACCAUGCCAAAGUUUAAAUCUACCAACGUGUUCCCUUAUGGAUUCUAAAACACUUUCUUCUAGCACCCUCAUGGAUGUUUGUUUAUUUAUUUUUGGCCGUGCCGUGCAGCAUGUGGGAUUUUAGCUCCCCAACCAGGGAUUGAACCCGUGCCCCCUGCAGUGGAAGGGCAGAGCACUAACCACUGGAUCACCAGGGAAUUCCCAUAGAUGUUAUGUUUAGAUUGUUAAUCUAUUUUUGAGUAUAGUAUGAGGAGAGAAUCUAACUCCCCCAACCCCCCAAAAAGAUAUCCAAUUUUACCAAUACCACUAAAAACAUAAUGUCUUGAACCCAUUCCAUUAAGCGCCAUAUUUCAAAACAUGGGUCAUUUCUUAACCAUCUCUAGGCUUCAGGAUCCACCUAUCUAACCACCUACUAGUAUCGUCUCAUAUACAACCUGUCUAAA